UGUGUGUGUGAGUGUGUGUGUAUGUGAACCCAGGGCCACACAGCACACACACGGCAGCUCACACCACACUGUUGUUGUGGUGAGUCAUCCGAUCAGGACUAACAGAGGCCCAGGACUGGUGCAGCGGAUCCUCAGGACCCUCCAGACAGACCCUCCCAGCCUGACUGCUCCAGGCCCUCAUUCCUGUGGCUCCUGCUGCUGAUCUCUCUGCUCGUGUCCCCGGAGAACUCUCCUCCACCUACCAGCCUUGACCCACUGGCUCCUAGCUGCCCCUGCUGCUGUUGGAGAAGUCCUCUUCACCUCCUACCUCCUGCCAAAUAGCCUCCGUAGCCUUGAAGCCAUCCCAGCCUGACUGCUCAGGGCCUGUGCUGCUGCUGUUGGAAUAGUCCUCUCCACCCCUCUGGCUGGUAGCCUGCCUGGAAGCCUUCCCACCCUGACCGCCAGACUGCACAGGGCUUGCCUGCCUGCGGCUACUUCUGCCAGUGGCCACAGCCUCCCGUCUGUCCGACCGCCUGACCCCAGAACCAUGCACCUGGCGGAGCUGAACACCGAGUGCCUGCUGCACCUCUUCUCCUUCCUGGACAAGGAGAGCCGGCGGAGCCUGUCUCUGAGCUGCCGGCGUCUGCACGAGGUCUUCCUGGAGCCGGGCCUCUGGACACUGCUGCGCUUCGGCUCACCGGCAGAGCUGCGCCGGGACAACUUCGUGCUGGGCGCCGCGCUGCGCCACCUGGCCGUGUGCUGGCACUCCAGCCGUGUCAAGGUGUGUAACGUGGAGGAGUGGAUGAAGAGCAGCUUCCAGAAGGAUCUUUGCAGGGAGCACGAGGGACUGGUCAGCAGCUUCCUGGAGCGUGUCUGCCACAUUUGUCCAAACCUCUUAUCCUUGACCCUGUCUGGCUGUGGCCACAUCACCGACUCUGACAUCACGAUCGUGCUGCGCAGCUGCAGUCGCCUGCGCAGGCUGUGCCUGGAGAACUGCUCGCGGGUGACGGAUGCUACCCUGCGGGCCGCAGCCCUCCAUGGGACGAGCCUGGAGGAGGUACGCGUGGACUUCUGCCGCAACGUGAGCCGCGGCGGGCUGCAGGCGCUGCGGGAGAGCCGACCAGAGCUGGUCCUCGGCGCUGAGCGGAGCGCUGGGAUGAUCCCAGACACCAGGCCUGAGGAGCGGCCACAUGUCCGCAAAGCGCUGCAGAAAGUCUUGUUGUUCGUCUGAGACCCUGAAGCAAGAGUGUCCAAACAACCAAGGCCAGGAACCAAGCUGGGACCAGAGGAGAGAGAGGAGGCUACACCAAGGACUGUUUUGGGAACAAACUAUUUGUUCUAUCAAUAGAGAGGAUUGUUUUUUACAUUUUUUUUGACCAUUUUCUAUGGGACGCCAUGGGAGACAAGUUGUACUUGUAGCCUAGAUGUGUGCUUGUUUGAGUGAGUGAGUCUUUUUUUUCUACAGAUAACCUUUGUAUCAUGUUUAUACUUUUGCAUUGUACUGUUUUGAUUUUGUAUUGUAUUAUGUAUCAUUGUUUGUUUGACAAAGUGCUGAAUUUGAAAGUCUAUUCAUGUUUGUGGUUUUCUAACUUAAAAAAAAUCUGUUGAAUAACUCAU